AUGAGGAUACAAUAUGUGGUGUUUUUGAAUACAGGCAAAACUAAGGUGAAUCAACAGGUUAUUGGAGGACGAUGCCUUGUGCUCAAUUCUCCAUGGUGUAGCAAUGGAUGCGAUACUGUUGUUCGGAAGGAGGCUGAUACCACCUUCAUUGAAUCCAAUGAAAUAGUUGCCAAAGUCAAGAGUGGAGAAAUAGUGUAUCUGGAGAGUGUGUAUUGUGUUGAUGAGAAUGUUAAAUUUAUUGAGAUUUCGCCAGUGCUGGAUAAACACGACUUUUUUGUUGCUUCAAGGCACAUGCUCAGUAGUAUGUCUAACAAUCAGAUUCACAGAAGUACAGAAAAAAUAUUUGCUCUGAAUAAAAGACGUAUAUGCAGCUUUGUAAUCCCAGUCAUACUGCAUGUCUUCAGAACUCAAAUUAUCCUAGUACUUUCAAAGGCUCCAGCAUAUGCAUCAGAUUAUGUAAUGCAGCUUUCGGUAGUUGCACAGAAAGGCAUGAGCAUAAAAAGAACAUUUGGCGAAUUUCUCAAAAUAUGCUGCAAUAUUCAGAAAGGAUUGAUGCUCACAGGAUCGCCACUUGUGUUUGUGGCAGGAAUAUACAAAAUGCCAAUCUCAUUCUAUGUUUUUGUAUUGUCGUCUGUAUAUAGAGGACUUAUGAGUCUCUUGGUGGAUGCAAUUCAAUUGUUCAAUAACUGCAGCUAUAACCCACUCAAGAAGCGAACUGAUUCAGUAAUGCUCAACACAGACCAGAUAUUCAUGUCUGUGCUUGUUUUUUCAUUUUGUCUUUUGAUCAUGCUUAACAUCAUGUGCUUUCAUGUUAUUUCUGUGCUCUUAAGGAUGUUUCUGGAAUUAUUAGAGUUUUCAAAGAACUUCAUUGACUUUGUAUUUGUUGACACAUCGCAAUGCAGUAUGUACAGUCUCGUGAUUCUAGAUUCACAUCCAUAUGUACAGCUCAGAUACAGAGACGUUUCUAUUUGGACAAAGAUUAUUUUUGCUGCAAAGGCAAGUCUGCAGACGUCUGAAAUUACAAAACAGAACUUUAUUACAAGAUUACUUUUUGGAAUUGAAUAG